ACCCGCAGGAUGUCCUCUCUCAGGCAUUUGAAUGGUGCUGUAAAGCUUCUUUGUGUGUAUUUUAUUUUUGUUCAGGUUCACGUUAGUAUUUUUUAAUUUUUAUGUUUUCAAUCUCUGAACACUUAUCAGUCGCCGUAGAAUCUUGCGAGUUGUGUUGUUGUACGUGGAGUUAUUGCACCUCACACACACAUUAUGUUCACCCCUGUGCUUAAUCUGAGAAUAGAAAGAAUACACACGCAUGCAUACAGACAAUGGGCCUGGACUCACAAGGUCUCGCAAUUCGUUUUGACUACUUGGUUGCCAGGAAACUUAGCCUGAGUCUUUAAGAGUGAGGGAUAAUAAAAGAAAAGAGUUGUGUAUGUGUGUGUGGCCUCUGCCACUGUCUGGGCUACUGGGGGGGCAGUUAACUCUCUGUGGGUGUGUGCACCGCAGCCAGGGCUGUUGGCGUUGAUUGCUUCUCAGACGUUGCCGGCUUAGGAUAACCUCUGAACACAAACUUGAGGCUUGAAUCAGCUGAGUCUCCUGCGGACAAGAGGUGGGCAGCGCUAAGGCGGAAUAACCAGAAGAUACUACAGUGACAGUUUUGAGAAGAUUGACUGGAGCAGAAGUGACCAUCCAGGAAGAGGAGAGUCAACCCUGGUCUGAGCUGUAACCAUGGGAACGAGAAUGGAGGUGGCACAGCUUGAAAGCAGAAUGAACGCUGAGGAUUAUAGAAAGUUGCAGAACCUUUUCCUUGACUCCUCGGGUGCACCUCACUCCUUGUCCCGAACUCAAUUCAUCGAUCUUGCUUGGUCAUCAGUUGGCCACGGGUCCAAGGAGGAAUAUGGCCUCCUGUUUGACAGCGUGGUUCUCAGUCAGCAGCACUGUGGCCUCCUCCUGGACAGCGAUGCCCCGAAGGAAAAAGAACGCAUUGACUGGGGAGGCCUGUGCUCCUUCCUGUUGCUGGAGCUUUCUGAUAAAGUAAAGAACAGCAGAACUGUAAGCACACCGUGCUGGAAAACGCCACGCACCUUCACCUGUCCACAUCGAGACCCUGUUCAAAAGGUGUUGUACCUGCAGAGUUCACGUCAGUAUCUGACUGUGAGUAAAGGAGGAAAUGUAGGGCUGCGGGAUGCGGAGGACAUGUCCCUUCUGCACGCACAUCGACUGCAGAACAGCACAGUUGCACCCAAAGACCUCUGGGUCACAGAUGUGGCGCUGCUGCAAAACGUGGAGAAGAUAGCUGUGGCUUUCACAAGUAAAGAGGUGUGUUUUUAUGACAUCAUGUGUGAAACAACCUUCAGCUGCAAGUAUAAACUCCAGGGUUUGCAGUUUGUUCCUUGGUGUCUAGACUACUGGGUGGAUCCCUCUCACCCUGACCAGGCUGUCCUCACUAUAGGAGACAUUGGGGGACAGGUCAGUGCUUUAUAUUUUACCUCAGCCCAGAUCUCUCUGUUUGAGAGAUUCAGUCUUAGGAUGGACUCUGAAUCAGCAGAGAUCAUCCUUUGGGAUGAACUGGCCAAAGGCAAGCAUCGCUCCUGUUACACUGUGACACAUCGAGCACAUGCGCCAAGCUGGGUUAGAAAAGUGCGUUACCUGGGUUCACUCGAGGCCUUUGUAUCAUGCAGCACCAGACCACAGAGCAGCAUGGUGAUUGGCUGGAGGGAAAAGGAAAGCACGAGCCAACGAAUCACUUCUUACUCUACAGAGGGCGGUGUGUGGGAUGUGGACUACCAUCUUGGGCUCGGCCUGUUAGCCACAGCAGGUGUGGAUCAUCAAGUCUUGCUGUGGAAUCCUUACGUGACCUCUGAGCCGGUGCGCGCCCUCCGUGGUCACACAAGCCCCGUCAUCGCUGUUUGCUUCCUACAGACCAAGCAGCAACUGCUCAGCUUCUCCAAAGAUAAGGUGCUCUGUCUGUGGGACGUGUCCAGCCAGCUGUGCCCUCACCGUCUGGCUGGUGUCUUUCCAAAGAUACAAGAGGACACGCACCCCUUCCUGUUUCUCAAUGAGGAACGUCAGCACCUCAUGCUUUCAUUCAACAGCCUGCUUUUCCUGCUGGAGUCCAGGAAGGUGGAGAAGACGACCAGUAGCCAUGAACAUCCCGUUACCUGUGUGCUGUAUAACACUCGUUUCGGACAGGUAGUCAGCAGUGACUCUGCCUCCUCUGUGAUCUUCUGGCUGGCUGACACAGGACAAAAGGUCAAGCAGUUCCACCGUUGCCAUGGUAAUGCUGAGAUCUCCACCAUGGCCCUGGAUGUUACGCAGACCCGGCUGUUUACCGCGGGCGCUGACGGAGAGGUCAAAGUGUGGGACUUCAACGGCCGCUGCCUUCACAGCAUGAAUGCUGGCCUGGGUCGGGCUGUCAGAGUCUCACAGGUGUUGCUGCUGAAGAGAAGCAUACUGGUGAUGGGCUGGGAAAGGAAGUUAACAGUUUUCCGCCUGCAUUCCUUCUCGCAGUCUUUUGUUGAGCCCUGUGAGUGGAAGGAGGGAGUCAUUCAGCAUUGCGGUGUUGUACUGUGUGCCGCGUUCCAGCCUCCACAGACUCUAGUCACAGGAAGCUACGAUGGAGAGAUCAUAGUGUGGAACGGCAGCACGGAACAAGCUUUGAAGAAACUGCGGCCACACGAUGAACAGGAAGACUACCAGAAGAAGCGAGAGGAGUCACACAGCUGCACUGCCAUAACCAGACUGUUCUUCAUACCAGGACGCACAACUGCAACUACAACCUCAGGUGGUGCAGAUUUGGUGUCCUGCGGGGGUUCGGGAGUGGUCAGGCUCUGGAGCACCAAACAAAGCUGUCUGGUAGGACAGUUCACAGCCCACAAAGGGGACCUGGGAUCUAUUGUUAUGGCUGUCAGUCCUUGUGGAAAAUAUUUAACCACAGCUGACAGGGAAGGGACAGUCAAGAUAUGGGACGUGGAGUAUUACUGUCUCACACCAGAUGAAGGAAUGAACAGAGAAUUCCCAAAGCUGCUGCACAGUUUCCGCCCACACCUUGACCGCGUGACUCACCUGGAGAUGUGUUUACAUGGUGACAGGCUCCUCCUCCUCUCAGCAUCAUCAGACUGCAAUGUGGCUCUUAGCUGCCUGCCUGGAGAGACCGUCGGUUUGUUCGGACAGAAAGACCCUUGGAGUUUGGAGAGACCCGGAACCCUGCAGCCACAGUGGGAAACACAGCAGGAACAGUGUGACCGAGGAAGGCAAGAAGACACGGGACUGGAAGGGAUGAGAUCACCUCUAGCAAACGGUGACACUAAUGCUGACCAAGGACACGGGGGAGGGAGGACAACUGGGGACAAAGGCUAAGAAUAAGGAUCGUAGAGAUGGAAGAGAGAUCAAAAUGAUACAAGAGGAACUUUAUUCAGCUGAAGAUUUGAGUCCUGCUUGAUUACAUUUUGCUAUUUUGUUUUUCUAGAACUGGAUAAGUAGUUGAGAACAUGAAUAGAUGAAUACUUUGCUAACUAUUUAAUAAAAUAUUUGACUCAUAA